AUGGCUGACCCAGAUUCGCCUUCAAAUGAUAUGUCUUCAGUUGAUGAUGUUCAACAAACAUCAUCACAUCAACAACACGAAUCAACAACAAAUGACUGGCCAUGGUCAACUGAUGAUCAUCAUCAUCAACAAAAUGCAAUUGAUUCAAGUGGUUUAAUGCAUUUAAUUGCAACAGGUGGUAGUACAACAGUCGAUAAUAAUCCAAAUGAUGAAUCAGUUGGAAUUAUUUCAACAAAUGAUCAAACACAUAAUGAACAACAACAAGAUCAAGAACAAACAACAAAUCAAAAUCUACCAUUAGAACAAUCAGAACAAUUACCUCUUGUUACUGUAACAUCAUCAUCAUCUGUACCAAUCGAUGUUAUGGAUACUGAUGUACAAAUGACAUCAAAUGAUAUUGAACAAUCACAAACACAACAACAACAACAAAUAGGUAAAAAUCAACAUGACAUUGCUGAAAUUCAUCGUGAUAUGUUAGCACUUAUACCUAUACCACAAGCAUGGUCACAUAUAAGACAUCAAUCAGGUCUAUUUUCUUAUCCUGAUUUACCACAUUUUAAUGUUAUAAGACAAGCUACAUUUCGUGAUGGACGUUUUGUAUGUCCAUUUUGUACAGUUGAUUUUGCUUCAAAAGAAGGCAUACGUUAUCAUUUAUAUAAUUCAUGUACAAAAUCACCAUAUCCAAAAGCUUUUUUUCGUUGUUUAAUGUGUGGAAGUGAAUUAGCUGAUCGAAGUUCAUUACGAACACAUUUAGCUCGACAUGGUACCGAAGAAGGUGGUGCUGUAUCAACAGAUAAAAUAGAUGUAUCACGUAAACCAGCUUUACCAACACUUGGUGAAACAGCAAAUUCAAAAAAAUCAAAGAAAAAAAAGAAAAAUUCCAAUGAUUUAACACCACCACAAAUGAUGAAUUCUAUGGUUGCUAUGACAUCAGGUGUAUCACCACGUAUGAUUGAUAAUUAUAAUAUUCCAUCAACAAUGCUUAAUCAACAUUUAUCAUUACCAAUAAUUAAAUCAGAACAAAAUGAUAAUGAUCCAAAACGUAAACGUGGUCGUCCACCAAAAACAAAAUCUGAUGGACCAAUACCUAUAGCUAAUUAUACGAAACAACCACUUAUGAAUCCAACGGGUUUAGCAUUAACUCCUACAAUGAAUAAUCCAAUUAUGAUCAAUGAACAACUUGUGAAAAAUGAUCCACAUAAGCCAUCUGGAAUGCGAUCACCACGUGGUGUUGAUAUAAGUAGUGAAUUAGCUGAAUUAGCUCGUUCAAGAAUGAGAGAACAUAUUGAAUUUGCAACUGAUACAUUAUUGCCUGAACAAGAACAAGAAAUUAAUGGACGUUUACGUACAGAAGGCUUUGUCCAAUGUCAUCGAUGUCGAGGCAAAACACAAUUUACAGCAUUAAAAAAAUUAAAAGAACAUUUAAAAACUGAUUGUCCAUUAGGGCCUGUUAUGGCUAUUUGUAAAUUUUGUGGCAUUCCGUUUUCCUCUGUAAGUAGUGUUUGUGAUCAUCUUGAACUUUAUCAUGAUGAUUCACAUGAUACAUGUCCAGAUGAUCCAUGUCGUAUAAAUGAUCGAGCAUUUCGUGCAGCAUUUGCUCGUUAUAAAUUUCCAAUAAAUGGUCGUAUACCAUUUUCAGCAUCAACAACAACUAUAGGACAACUUAUACCUGAAAAUGAAUCAGCUGCUUGUUUAAGUAAUGGUGCUAGUUGUUUACGUGUUCGAAUGCUUUCAUGCGAUCGAUUUUUAAAUCCAUUAGAUAGUUUUGCUGCUUCACAUGUUAUUGUUUUAAAUGUUGGUCGUCCAAUACGUUCUGUUGAAUGGUUACCACGUGCUGUUGAUGUUAUUGGUAGUCAAUAUGUUGCAUUAGCACUUGAACAAUGGUCAUAUGAUACAAAUAAUCAAUUACAUAAUACAUUUACUAAUCCAGAUCGUCGUUCACCACCAGGUUCAACAUUACUUUUAAUACUUAAUUGUGGACGUUUAAGACAAAGUUUACAUGUACCUAAUUUACAUGUAACUGUUGCAGCUGAUUUUGGUCAAGUAACAUGUUUAAAAUGGUUACCAGAUCGUCCAACAAUAAAUGAUCCAUAUUUAAGUUAUUUAGCUAUUGGUACAAGUCAAGGUAUUGUUAUUAUAUUUGGUGUACCACAUGGUGCAUCAAGAAAUUUAUGUACAAUAAAUAGUGGUGCACAACUUGUACCACCACUUAAUCGACGUAAAGAUGGUAGUAUUGGUUGUGCUGAAUAUGGUUCAUGUACAGCACUUGAUUGGUGUCAUGAAAAUCCAAAUAAAUUAUGUGCUGGAUAUGAAAAUGGUAUUGUACUUAUGUGGGAAGUUAAUUCAAAAUCACUUGUUGAACAAACAACAAAUUGUUCAUUAAUUUAUCCUGUACGAAGAUUUUUUGUUGAAGAUACAUCAAUACAAGAUGUAAAAUUUUUAAGAAAUUCUGAACAUUUAAUUGCAAUUAGUUUAAAAAAUAAACAAUCAUGGACAGUAUGGACAACACGAGAUGAAAAUAUUUUUUGUUAUCGACAUUGGUCAAAUGCAAGUGAAUUUGCAUCAUCAAUACUUAAUGAUAUAUUAUAUGCGGGUUGUGCACAUGCAAAUAAUCAUAAUGAAUUACUUUCUGUGCCAAUACAUUCAAUAUUAUUACCGGGACAAAAUGUUUCGAAUCAUUUACAAACAUCAAUGUUAUCAGCAUGGCAAAUUGUUAGUUUGGAUUAUUCCGAAUGGAUUGAUGCUGUUGCUUAUGCUGAUCUUGAUGGAACUGUUUGGGUUGCACGUGGUGAUUCGUCCACUUGGUCACAAACCAAUCCGAAAUUUCGACCAAGCACUUGUGUGGCGAAAUUAUCUACUUAUUUAACGGGUGUAGGUGGUGCACAAACAGGAAAUCUUGCGGAUCCUGUUGCGAUGCAACAAUAUAAUCAAGGUCAAGCAGUUGUUCCAACAGGACAAUAUUGUGUUCAAAUUGCUAUUGAACGAACGGAAUAUGCAAGUAGUAAUAUUGAUUCUCAACAUGAUGAAACUCAUAAAGUACAUACAUAUAGAAAAAUUCGAUUUAAUCCAAAUCCAGGUACACAUGGUUGGAUAGCAUCAGCUGACAAAGUUGGUUUAUUUCUUUUAUUUCGAUUGUCAACAUCAGAUUCACCUUUAUCAGAAAAAUUAACUCAACGUCUUCAACGUGUGCAAGUUGUGUGA